CACGUCACAAGCGAAGUCCAGUCUUCCGAAAGGCCACUGGCACGAGGCUGUUCUGCUCCUGUUCGCGGUUGCCUUUUAAUCAGCUCGUUCAUCAUGAACGGCCAUCAUUGGCAGCAGCAGCAGGCUGGUCACGGUACCCGCAGCCAACUCUCGCCAGACCCUAUAGCACAUGGUCAUGCCCCCAACUCGACCUAUGAAGCUCACAGGCUCUUUGCCGCGUACCCGACAGCUUCUGCGACGCCCUCAACGCACGUGGCAAGACACAUGAACAAUUUAUCUGUGUCUACACCUAACCCCACCUACUUGCAACCAUCCUAUCUCGACUAUAACUCUGGGUCGCAAUACCAGCCAGCUCCAGCACCUCCCCCGUUCUCAGAGUACUCUCAUGAACUUUCCUACCUUUCAGCAUCUUCAAUGCCCACAGGUGAUUCGCGUUACUGGCACAAUGCAAGGGACGAAUCUGUGAGGUUACUGUCGCAAGGCGGCUCAUUUGCUUCUUCUCAGUUCGCAUCUCCGUGGCUGCAAUCUCAGCCUCAGUCAAUCUAUCAUCCCCUUCCGUUUGCUCAUUCGUUAAUUCAACGCAUGAACCCACCUGCCGCCUACCCCACCCCACCUCCGCCUGGCAUUCGAAGCACGUCAUCCUCUCUCGCAUUUGCAUUAGGACAUCCGCUGACCAUAGAAACGAAACCAGUUGAACAUGAUGUCAAAGGAGAGGAGCCACCACGUUCUAACCAACCUCCGUCUCAGGUGACCCCUCGGUCCCUGCAAUCCAACUCUCCUUCAGUCGUACAGCCAGCUAUUCCAUCGCCGCCAAUUCAUGUUCCCCCAAGCACCCAUGCAUCCCAACAGCUCACUCCGCGCUCUACUGCUCGCCUUCAUCGCCUUCCCGUCCUGUCGACACCCGGAGAAAACACCGUGACUCCCAAGAAGCGAAAAUAUGCUGGUGAAGACAAAGGUUCUCCACUGAAGCGUGUACACACUCUAUCGGUAGAACCUCAGGAAGAGUCGAAUAUGCAAUCUCGUUCCUUACAAAGUAGUACACCCUCAUCCAGAGUUACGCCACGCCAGGUGAUGGCAUAUGUAGAGGUCCCUCCUCUACCAAGCGUAUGGAGGACUCCUUCCAAGAAGCAGUCUCUGCCAACUUCCAUGUCAACUCCUCCGGAUAACAUCGAUGCGUCAGGAUCUGACGAAGAGGACGACGCCCGGUACAAGCUUGGCAUUCACGCUAGCGUGAAGAUGUCUGCGCGUCGUACAGGUGAUAGAGAUGAACGGGCACCUUUGGAAAAACUCUCUGCGCUCAUUGAGGACAUAUUCGAAGCUGAAGACUCAUUGGCCGUGGACAUCGACAUUGCAGAGCUUCCGAAAGAUUUUUUUUCUGUUCUCACCACAGAUUGCUCCCAUCCUCACUUGCAACCCAACGUGAUCAGGAAACUGACGAAAUAUCUUAGUCAGCUUGCUCGACCUACAAAACGAUCUAGGCGGUCUGCCCGAGAUAGCAUAGACACCCCGAAAGCGAGGAAGGCUCUAGGCGACAUAGAUAACGCUAUCCUUGCAAGACUUCUGAAAAUUCUGGAGCGCAGCAUUAAAGCCGGGGAAGCUCUCGAUCCCUUGCAUGCCUCCACACAUGUUCCUCACGCGGAUAAAAAUACUUCUCCACGGAAACCGAAGAAGAGUCCAAGGGCGCAAAAAGUGGCUCACCAAGAUCGGAAUUUCACGGGAUCUACUUCACUGAACGUUCCAGAGGAAGAUACACGCGAGCUAGAGUCAGAGAGUACUGAUGUGCCUCAAGAACUGACAGAAUCCCAUCUCCACGACUUAUCAAGGCAACUAGAAGUUGCGCGCGAUAGUAUCCUCGCUGUGGAAUGUUGCGUUGCGUUAUUAAGCGGAGAAGGCUUGACUAAACAGCUUUACUCCGAGGAGCUCAUAACGUCUUGUCUGAGCACUGUCAAGAACCAGCUAACGAUAAUUCUAUACCCAUUCGUCGAGGCCGCAGGUGUCGGUGGAUUGUCAUCACUACAACUCCAAUGCAUACACAGCAACACUCAUCCAGAUUCUGGUGAUCUUCGACGAUUGCUCAGCGAACUUUUCCAGGCGGUCUCAGCUGUACUCCCUCGCAUCAACGUGUUGUUCUCUGGUGAAAAUAUUGUGAUGUCAGAUGCAAUCAUUAUUCAGACCGUGUAUAUCGCAAUUGGGCCGUUCUUUGUGGUGGAAUCAGGCGAAGGAGAUGUCAAGGGCAAGAAAGAUAAUGUUGUAUUGAAUACACUUGGCAACAGCGCGAUGAGAGGUCUUCGGUUGGAUGCACUCUCAGUCAUUCGAAGUAUCUUUGCCAAACACGAGGAACAGCGAUCCUGGAUCAUAGAAGAAAUUCUGUCGUCGCUCAUUAAGUUGUCUAACAGUCAUAAGAAAGCUGGGCAAUUCCGCUUACGCGACGGUCGUUCCAUUCGAACAGUCUCCGCACUUCUAUUCCAGCUCGUACAAACGUCUGCCCAUGAUGUCCGUGUUGCCGCGCGCAAGAUUGCCAAACGUCGCCAGAGUCGCCAAGCUCUUCGUCGACAAGACAGCAUGGCCAAUGAGAGGUCGAGUGAGCCUAUGAUGGAUGAGUUGGACGCGGAGGAAAUGCAGCUUUAUAUCACGGGGCUCGAGUCCGCGAUGAAUGCUGCAAAGACGAUAGUCGUGUAUUUGACACAAAGAUCUGGAAAAGGGAAAUUGACCAAGAAUUCCAACGAGGCCGAAUACCGAACCAUUUUUGACAACCUUAUUUCUGACCUUCUUGUCGUUCUGUACUGGCCCGAAUGGCCGGCUGCGAGUCUCUUACUCAGCAUUGUUUGUAAAUUCAUGGUAUCUUCUCUAGAUGACGUGAAGACGAGCACCCAAACGGACACAAAUGCUGCAAAAAGCAUUGCACUCGAUCACCUCGGUGUCAUUGCCGCACGCAUACGCUCAAGCUCUUUGAAGGUAAAAGCUCGCGACCAUGACAAGCACGGUCUCCACUCUCUUGAUGAGGUUAUCUCUUCCGGCGAUGUUAAACACUUGGAUACGCUCAUAUCGCGACACCAGUCAAUAUUCUCGCAUCUUUAUAAAAAAUCUUCUGAAGACCAGGCGUAUGACAGUGCCAAUGAUCUGACAGCAGCUACUUGGGGCCAAGAGUUAGCAGUGGCACUCAUGCAGCUCAGCAAUUCAGAGCAGCAGGAGGGCAAGGGUCUACAUCCCAAGCUUUACGCCAAGCUGAAGUCUGCCCUCAGGGAGGUUUGGAAGGAUAUGUCAAAUGAUGUUUUUGAUGUCGGCUCGCAGGAGGAAGUAAAUAGGGUUGAUUGUUAUGCUGAAGAGGUUGGGACUAUCCAGACCCUAAGAAAUUCCUUCGGACCAAUCCUUAAUAUCGUCUUGCUUGCACUUGAUGCGCCUGCUGUUUUCAUGCGCACAAAGGCAUUACGAGCACUCGGGCAAAUCGUGAACAGUGACUCCAGCAUCCUAGCAGCACCAAAUGUCCGUCGCGCGAUCGAGAGUCAUCUGCUCGAUAGUUCCCCAGCUGUGCGUGAUGCCGCUGUAGAACUGAUUGGGAAAUACAUGAUAGAGUCACCGGAGGUUGUCGGGGACUAUUACGCGAAAAUUGCCGACCGCAUCGCAGAUACGGGACUUGGAGUUCGGAAACGUGUGAUCAAACUCCUCAAGCAAUAUUACGCUGGCACAGAGGAUAUUUGUCGCCGCAUAGAUAUCGCGACAAAGUUAGUCCUUCGUAUGCUAGACGAGGAUGAUACAGUGAAGGAUUUGGCUAUCAAGACGGUUGAGGAACUAUGGUUCCAGGCUGCAUCGCAGAGUGGGGUUCCUAAAACCCGGUCAGUGCCGCCAUCUGGUCCCGGUCAAGACAAGGGUCCGCUUCUCUCCAAGGUCUCGGUUAUCAUGGGCGUGUCUGCCAAUUUUAAGGAUAGGCAAUCACCCCUGGAGGAUAUGCUGCAUAAAAUAAUAUCCAGCCAAGAAGCUGCUAGUGCAUCCUAUUUGCGAGGUAAUUACUCUGAAAUCUGCGAAGUCCUCAUCGAUGGAUUGGUAGAUGCCUCGGACUUGCCGGGAUUCACCGUACACAACUGCGUCAGGACUAUAUAUCUAUUCACUACAGCAUACCCUUCUGUCCUCUCGGGAGCGAACGCCUCUACUCUGCUCCCGUAUCUGAAGAACCCCUCCUCGUCCGAAGAGCUUGUUGUUUCCGAUUAUCUGUUGAAGAUCUUUCGUAUAUCAAUACCUCACAUGCCCAAGACUGCAGUAAAGUUUGGCCAGGAACUACAGCUUGUCUUGCAGCCGAUGAUUGUUAAACCAUCACACAUCGGCGGAGUCGUGAGCCUGCAAGAAAGUGUAGCUUGCAUGUGCGGAGCAGUGCAGCAUCUCACGCAUGAUUUCAAUCGACUGGUAGCUCUAGUCAAGUCUUGCAAUGCUCGAUUGCAGCAGGCCAUCGCUCGCCCAACCUCUUACCAAAUGACGGCAGUCGAAAAUAGAACAUUAUCCAUUCUUAUAUUUAUUGUCGCUUUACUCGGUGAACACUGUGACUUUGAUCGCCUCCGCGAUGAGCAUCUAGACUUCGUCUCAGAUUUGAAUUCGGUGUCUUCAGGACCUAUCGUGGAGCACAUUUACAAGAGUUUACUGGAGUUAUACGAGAAGUACGACGACAACGGUCUCAAGGGACGCAUUCUUCAGUGUCUUGGUUUCUUGUUCCGUGCACAACCAACACUAAUGACGCUUGGGCGGUCCGCUUCUAUCAUGGAUGACAUCUUUCAUUCCUCUGAUCUCGAAAGCCGAGGGCGACUUCUACGGAUCAUGCACGACUUCUUAGUGUCCGAAUCUAUGAAGCAGCACGAGGAGCAGAAGGGAGGGACCAAAGGCAAGCAGGGAGAUGUGGUAGAUAUGGCGGAAUUGGUAGGGAACACAGAUGGUUUUGCUGACUCCGGGUGGGUCCAACAGUCGACUUCGCAAGGAUCUGCUAAUAAGGGUACAGUGUCAGCUUCAGCCGUUGUUCAACGAUACAUAUCUUCCAUUCUGGAUGCCGCCCUGUCUCAAAAUUCUCAGAUCCAGAAUGUUGCUGUUGACAUUCUCAGCUUCACCAUCAAACAGGGUCUUGCCCAUCCUCUGCAAUCCUUCCCUGUCAUUGUCGCAUUGGAAACUAGUCCAAAUGCCGCCAUCAGCACACGAGCCAAUGCUCUACACGCGAUACUCUGGAGUAAACACGCGUCUUUGUUGAAUGCUAGAUAUAUCAUUAGUGCAAGACAGUCGUUCGACUACCAGAAAAAGAUCUCCGUGGACGCCGUCAAAGGCUAUCGAACGCAACCAGAACCGACGGCACUGCUCCAGAGGUGGUAUUCUCUUGUACGGGAGAAAAGAGCAUCUCGUCAAGACUUCCUGAGGGCUUUGUUGAAGUCUUUUGAUAUCAAUCCUUCUUUGAGAUCAUCACAGGAUGAUGUUGACUUCGCAAGAUACAUGGCAGAGAACUUUGCCUCUCUUGACUACAGAACACAAGAGGAAGUCAUCACUGUUAUCAAACACUUGACUUCCGUCUUAUCAACCGCUGGCAUGCAAGUGAUCGACCUUCUCUCGCCUUCUCACCUCCUAGCGCAGCUCCACGAUACUCAACCCCCCGAUAAUGCACCUCACCAGUUAUCACCUUCAGGCUUUCCUACACAUUCAAUUGAUCAGGAAAUCCUAAAUCCCCCACCUGCCUCUGCCCCUCUUGAAAUGCCUCAUAUUGACGUUGCUGUCAUGAGAAGCUCAAUAACCAUUGGGAUCGUCAUGCUUCUCAAAGCCCAUCUUAAAUCUCUUUACGGGCUUUCAGAAGAGAAAUGCUCCAAAUUCGUGCUCGGCAAGAAGAGCGCUAUCGGUGACAAACCUGCUAUCAAACGUCAUCAACUUCCAAUUACGUGGACACGUCUCCCUUAUGCCACCACUUCUCUCAUCCAGGCGCACGACCUGACGGCUCACAGGCUGACAUUUAUUGAAGUUUGGAAUGAGGAUGGUGUCACUGCAGAACCUGAAGAUGACGAUGUAUAGAUGUAUAUUCCCUGCACGCAGAUUUUUUUCCACUCACUGUCGACUUAUCUUAUAUAUCAUCGUACACAAGUUGCACAUCCCCACUUGUAAUGUAGCAUACAACGUCAGAAGA